AUGUUUUACGAGACUCUGCUCAAAGCACCCAACCGGUUCGAGUCCCCCACUGAGCCUGUCCCUACUUUGCUCGCUCUCCUCCUCCAACAACCCCGGACGGAUAAGGGCCAUAAGGCCAUCCACUGGCGACUCGACGAAGUGAUGACCCAGUUCAUCCAGGCCCUGAUUACGGAAUACCACGUUGAAUCAUCCCAAGAUCUGUACUCCUGCGUUGUCGCCCGGCUCGAUCACUUCGUGGAUACCAAGGGCAACUUUCCCCGCGAGUACAUCGUCGCCCACGUCGCUCUACCCCUGCCUGCCACCUCUAGUAAACCGCUCGCUCCGCGCACCAUCGGCUUCCUCAAGUUCGAGCGCUGCUGGAGGAGCUACCACCCCGUCGACUUCUACCAACCCCUCGAAUUCACAAACAACCGAUACCAGUGGCUCACCGCGGACGACUCCCUCGGCGUCUACGAUACAAACUACCGCCCGUGGACCUCGCGCCGCCGCACCCUCCUCCGCUCCAGCCGCGCCCUGGCAGUCCCGCUCGCGCGCGCACUCGCCGCGGCGUGCGCGCUGCGCCGCGCCCACCCUGACUGCAUCGAGAACACGUACGCGCACGCGUGGUUCGCCCGCGGCUUGUGGGAGCGGCUCGUGGACUCCGACGCAGCGGACGGCCCUGGAAUCCAGCCCGACGCCCGCUCGGAAGAUUCAGGUUGCUCCAAGUGGGGAUUGCUGAGGCGCUGUGUGCCCCGCAAGACCCCCACGGCGUUUUUGGAGGUUUUGAAAGAGAAGGAGGUGGAGGAGUGCCGGGCGGUUGAGGACAGGGUUCUGCGCGAGCUCGAAGCAGGCCGGGCGGAGUUGGCAGUGCGUUUGUCCGGCAAGGCCGUGCGUGGCGAGUUUCGUACCACCUCGGACCUUCGGGAGGCGUUAGACAGAGGAGUGUGGGCAGGGGCACGGGGCGAUCUCGACUGGAGGUCGCAGAGUCAUCAACGAGGGAGGUUCGAAUUCUAG